AUGACUCGCUGUCGAAGGCGGGAAGGGAGGCUGGAGGUAGGGUUAGGGAUGGGCAUGAUGGGGAUCAGUAUUCUCGUUGAUGUGCCAAGGUAUACCCUUAUGGGCGUGGUUUCGGCUGAGCGGGUCUGCUACUUUAGCCAGGAGCCUGAUGCGAGACAUCCAGGCCGUCUUCGCUGGUUUAUGCCGGGGAGUAAGGAAGAUCAUUGCGCCUGUACCAGUACCAGACCGGGUCCCGUCUACAUGCAGCCAGUCCGUUGGUCUCAUCCACCGUUCUACACCGACACUCCCAUCUUUACCAACGACCAGGAGGACAUUCAUGACUACUUCAACUGUCAUGUACCUCCGACAGAUGAUUUGAAGUGCUCUAAGGGAGGACCCUUUGGGAUGGAAGACGGUCGCAUCCCAGACGCAAGCAUCACAGCGUCGUCAAUGUGGCAAAACAAGACCAAUCACGGACCCACCAGGGCUCGGCUUAACCUUCAAGCCGGUAGCGCCUCAGCCUGGUGUAAUACUGGAGCUAGUGAAACCCAUCCGUGGAUCCAAGUCGACCUUGGUUCCAAUGUCAUCAUCACUGGCGUUAUCACCCAGGGGCGCUGGGAUGGGAACUACCUAGAUUGGGUGACAGAGUUCGAAGUGGCCUACAGCGACGAUGGCCAAGAAUGGACCGACGUCACCGAUGAUGAAUCAAGUACACCGAUGAAGUUCCCUGGAAACUUUGACAAAAACACCCACGUGACCACCACUUUCCCGAAGGCUUUGCAGGCCAGGUUCCUGCGUAUCCUGCCUACUCAGUGGGAAAGGCACUGCUGUAUGCGCUUUGAAGUCCUCGGCUGUACAAUUAAUGAGUAA